AAUGCUCCCUAAAUUCAUACCCUAAUUGACUUCAAUUCCCUUCAUAUAUGUACCGAGAUUGUGUCUCUCUCACUCCAACAAUAAAAUUCAUUCAGAAAACACCUCCUUUACCGUUCUAUCCUCCUGCCAUUUCAUCGGCUUCGCACCACGUUCUGGAAGAGAAAUGCCAGAGGAUAGUUGUAUGAGUCUUGAUCACAAGAGAAAAAUAAGUUCUGAUGGCUUAACUGCUAACCCAAAGAGAAGAGAAGUCAGCAAUAAGGAGGAGACAUCAGAUGACGAUAAUGACAAUGAAGAUGAAGAGAUGGUGCCAGAUUCCCCAUAUACUUCAGAAGACUCAAACUUUUCUUUAGGAGACAUAUCUUGGAUUCACUUUAUAUUGAAUCGACAAUUUGUUCAAGUCUUGUCUAGGAAGGUAGAAACUGAUUUUGAACUCAAGCAGCUUGCAAAAGAGCUUUUUCAAUCCCUUAGGAAUGCUGUUGAAGAUGGUGAACAAGUUUCAAGUAUUGUUGCCGGAGUGAAAAAGCUUUUUGAGAGUGAUGUGUUUGUUCAAGCGUGUGUUGAGACAUAUAUGGAGGAUCCGCAAUUGCUUGUUGAGUUAGAGCCUAACUUUAACACAGAAGGCAAAGAACGAAUGGAAGCUCUCAAGAGAGACAUGUUGUUCCCAAGCAUUUUGCAAGAGACUCAAACCAAUGCGAUUAUUAGAGGAGUCCUGACUGUUGUGUUCGGGUACUGGAGCGAUAAAGAUUGUUACAAUGAGGUGUCUGAAGCAGUUAAUAAAGAACUGCAGAAACUUCACAAACCUAACAACGAACCUCCAGUGGAGAUGGUGUAUCAUGAUAUUCCUAAUAUUGAUGUCUCUCCCGACAUUGAGGGGUUGAAAGAAGCGUUGGCUAUUAGAUAUCGAGAUGAUCCUAACCAAGAUUACAAUCAAAUAUGUGAAGAGGUCGAUAGCAACAAGUCUUAUUUUGAGGAGAAGCUGAAUCUUAGCUCUGAUUUACCUGGCAUGAUCCCAAAGCGGAUUACAAGGUUGGUGGUUGCAUGGGUUGGCAAGUCCUUGAAAUUGGGUGGUAUAGACUUCGUGGCUAGGCGAGAGCAGAAUCCCUAGCCUGACUCUGAUGUGGUUUAGUUGGCGUUUUUAGGAUAUAUUUGGCUGGUCAUUUUAAAUCUGUGACUGUAGCACAGUGAUACUUGUUGAAGACCUUAUAAUUUGGCAAGUAGUCCUAGACAUUUAAGUGUGUUUUGUCCUUGUGAUCAAGAAGCAGCUGCCAAUGUCUGUUAAACGUGGUGACAUGUACUAUAACAAACGAUGAAUGUAUUAAGGAUUCAGAUUUGAGAAAAGAAACCAAAAUAUAAUGUUUCCUGGUAG